AUGCACCCUGGGUUCCCUGCGGCUCCUGGGGUCUCCGAGCCAGGGCCCCGAGAGCUGUGUGCCUUUGUGAGCGGGGCUUCAGCCCACAUGCUUCGGGCCCUGCAGCCCAGGCGUACCAGGCCCCCCAAGCGCCGGCCCAACCACCGGAGGUUUCUACACAACCAGAUCUGCAGGCAGUUUGCCAAGAUUGAAGCCGCCACCCAGCACCUGGCCCUCUCCAUCCUGUCUCAAAAAGCACCUCCCCAGAGACCACGGCCCCGAAGGCCACCUCCACCACCUCCAUCCCCCUUCUUGGGAGUGGCCUGUGCUGAGGCCCCCAUGGAAAUGCCCCACGACGGCCCCAGCCUGAGCCUAGCUGCCCUGGACACCUCAACCCUCGACCUCUUUGAUGACAUUCUGCUCACUCCUGCGUGUCCCUGGGUGGCUCCUGACCGUUUCUGUCAGACGCUGGCUGCCGGUAUUUCCCGGGAGGCAUCUGGUUUCAUUUCUCACGCCCCAGGCCCCGGAGACCUGAGACAGCCAACCCCUACGCAGGCUCCAAGGUUCUCCAAUCCUCUGUCCCCUCCCCAGAAUGCCCACGGGGGAAGCACAGGGCCUGCGGCUCUAGGCUGGGGUUGGGUGGAUAGCUGGGAGGUACCUUGUGCCUGGGGUCCUCAGGGAAUCCGGGAUGGCUGGGGAACCCUUUGAAACCUAUUCACGACACAGUCCAAACCCUCUCCCCUUGACAGACCUGAGGAUAUACACAGCUCAGCUGGUAGAGCGCUUGCCUGACACACAAGAGACCCUGGGCUCCAUCCCCAGAACCUGUAACCCUGUAGAAUAAACCAAUCCCAGACUACCACGGUGUACCACAGCCCAGAGCUCUGCUCCCAGACCCAGGGCCGCCACCUCUGCCCACUUUGAGGACCCCUUGCACUCCCUGCCCAUGAAUUCUCCUUUCUCCCUUCCCAGCACAGGCUGCUCCCCUCCCACACCCCACUCUUCUCUGCCUGGUAUCUGCGCUCUCUCAAUAGUCCCCCAAUUCCGCUGAACACCGCUAUGGGCCAGGCCCAGGACUUGCUGUUAGUACGCUGAAACAGAGUAGGCAAGAUCCCCAACCCUCGGAGCUCAAGCAGGGUGUGUGUGUGUGUGUGUGUGUGUGUGUGUGUGUGUGUGUGUGUGUGUGUGAAACAUGGAACCCUCAGAGAGCUUUGGCAGCAAGAUGAAGUCCCAAUUUCUGAUUGGAACAAGUGUGAUAUAAAUAAAGUGUGCUGUUGACUGAGUGGCUACUGGGCAUGGAACGAUCAGGGAAGGUCUGGGAUGCUGAGCAGAAUCAGGCUGUAGGAAGGCAUGGGGUCCAGGACCAGGAACCAGGAACGGCACAGCAAAGGCCCUGAGGGAGGACUCUGGGGGAGCUAGGGAGGCCAGUGUGGCUGGAGGCUCCUGAGUAUGCAGAGGGAGGUGAGGCCCAUCAUGAGUUGGGGAGAAUUUGGACUUGGUUUUUAUUUUUAUUUUGUUUGUUUGUUUUUAAGACAGUGCUGGGAUUGCAGGCCUGUGCUGCCAGGCGUCCCUCUCAUCUCUGAGGGUCUUAAUGUCCCUCACAGAUACGAUCUAGUCUUUCUGUCCUGGUCAGGGCAAGCCCUGCCUUUCUGUGUGUACAGACAUGUGUCUCUUUGUCCUAGACACGCAUUCUUGGGUUUGGGGAAGGGCCUGGGGUGGGGUGGGGCUGCUGUCCUGUCCUCCAGCUCCCGGGUCGCCAAAGGGAAGCCUGGGAUUCCUCCCUGAGGAGCUGCAGGGAGUGGAGUCCAGACAUCUGGAGAGUUGGAAUCCAGGCUCAGACUCAAAGCUGGCCAGGGGGAGCCACUGCUGGGCUAGGGCAGCGUACUCUGGCCAGCCCAGCCCCAGAAGCUGACUUUCAUCCUGGGCUCCCAGGAGCCCAGAGCCACAGCAUCCGCCCGCCCUACCAAGCCAGGCAGGACCCGAGCGCACUAGCUUGUGGCUCGGGGAUGCUCCACGAGGGGGCGCCAGUGUCUCUGAAUCGCUCAAGCUGGGUGCCGGCUUUAUGGUCUGAGAACCUGCACACUGACAUGGGCUGACAGGCAGGCAUUCAGCAGUCUCCCCUCACCUGUCUUGAGGCCCCCAACGGUGUGCAGAGGUGGGAACAGUGUGCAAUUAAGUUAUUCAACAACAACAAAAAAAACAAAAACAAACAAACAAAAAAAAAACCGUGAACACGUAUGUGUAGAGUCUGUGGAUGCAGCCGCAGGCAAGGUUGUCCCUGGAGCUGGGAGCGAGGUGUCCACAAACAAAUGAGAAAAUGCCCGCUCAGGAGGGACACAGCAAUACGGGGUAGGGCUGAGUUGCUGCUUCCGUGAGAACACCCUCUCUGUGGGUGUCACAUGUCCAUGGCAUCCAUGGUGGUCCUCAGUUUUCAAGGCCAGCAAUAUCUACAACCUACAGACUCAGUCCUAAGGGGCUUGACCAAUGGCCUGUGAUCCCAGCUGAGUAUCUUCCCUAUAUCAGGGUUCUCCAGAGAAACGGAAACAGGAUGAGCAGGAUCAAGUAUCUACCCUGCAGUCCAGGGACAGACACACUGACACAGCUACCUCUCCCUAGCGGUUAUGAAGAAUUAGUUCAUGGGACAUCCCAGGAAAUCUAGUGAUUUCCUCCCUCCCUUCCUCCAUGUAAUCUGAGGUCUCUGUUUCGAGUUUAGUUCAGUCACUCUUGGUCUUCAGAUAUCACACAGAAAAUUCCUCAUUUUAAUCUGCGUGCCAUUCUGAGUAGUCUGACAAAAUCUUAUGCAUCCACUCCUCAUUGUUAGAAGACAAAUUCUUUGUCUAGUGUGUCCAUGCUGUAUAUGCUACUCCCCUGUUAAUCACUUAGGAACCAUCUCAGGUAUCAGGACAGUCCAGUAUCACAGUGCUGGUGUUCCUGUAACCCUUAUUUUACCGGCUGAGAGUGUUACCAGGUAUAAAAAGGCAAACUCAUUUCAAAGACUUUCCUCUGAGAAAACAGCACAUCUGUCUCUUCAGGGACACCCCCAACACCUUGGUGUCUCCACUACAACCUAGGGUUCUCCUUCACAGUUCAUGGGUUGCCCAUUCAAGGGCUCCAUGGAGGACAUCUGUCCCUGCCACACACUGCCUGGUCUUCCAGGCUCUUCUCUGGCACCUGGUACAAGCCUGCAUGAUGCUAUAAAGCUGAAUGGGUGCUCUUUCCAUUGUUUAGGGAAAUGUUUCCCCAGGUUUAGUCGUGUGGGCAGUCAGAGGCCUCUACAGCUGUGGUGACAGGGCCCAGCUCCCUCUCAGGGUAGAACUUGGUCUCACAGGCCUGCAGAAUGCAGGAGUUAUGGAGGCAAGCCAGCAGAGUUGGGCUGAGUGCCACCUGAGAUGGGGACAGUCAGAAACUCCUACUUCAAGACGCAUCUGCUGCCUACUGUGCAGAUGUGGC